AUGAACGCUCUCGAGACUUUCACAUCAACUACUGAAUUUGCUUCUGUUGAGAACUCAGCUAAAUUGCAUGCGCUGCUGAUCUUAAGUACAGACGAAAAGAAUCAGGAAAUGAGCCUUGAAGAUCUGUAUGCACAAGCAUAUCCAGUGUUACCGGAAGUUGAGAAGCAACUUGAAGGACUUGUGACUUUUGGUGUUGUAGACAUUGCGUCACGUCAUGAAGAUUCAAUCGGCAACAAAUGGAAAUUAAAAUCAUUACCUGCGUUUGUAAUCUACAAAGGUCCACCCAAGGAGAAUCCGUACACGGGUAAAAUCUAUCGUGAUUCAAAGGUUAUUGAUAUUGCAAUCUUGGAUAAUGCACGAAAAUUGAAAAAGAUGCUGAAGCAAGCAAUUCCCACUGAAUUUGUGCAAGAGCUCAAGGGUGAUGAAGCAACAAUGACAGGCCUCGAAAAGCGAUUGAGUGAAAAACAAGACGACGAAUCUGUGGCACUAUUACUUUCAGAACAAAAGCAUGCAUCACCAAUGUAUCGAGCUUUAGCGGCAGAAUUUUAUGGUCAAGGAGUGAAUUUUGUGUUCUUAAGUCAUGUUGAGGAAGGAGCGAAAGACAUCAUGACUGCGUUGAAAAUUGAGGAGUUGCCAAGUUUGGUCAUGUUGAGAUCUAUGACGGAAAGUGUUACGUUAAUGGCUGAAAAUACAAAGACAUACGAAGAACUGAAAGGAUUUGUACAGCCAUUUGCGAUUCAAAGUAAGGAUCCAGCUAAGAAGGGAUCGAAACAAGGAAACGAAGACUUAUCGUUCGUUAAAUUUUUAUCUCGAGAGACUUUUGGCGAUGUUGUGCUUCGCUCGGAUGUGAUCUGGAUAAUUGAAUUUUUGGAUGCCGAGCGCGAGCAAGAGCUAAAUCAAGAAGAGUGGAGAGAGAUGUUGAUGGGAUUGCAUCGUAAAGCAGGCGUCGUAUCGAUGGGUGCAGUUAGUUGUGUGAAAGAAAUUGAUCUAUGUGAGCAGUAUGGUGGACCUGGAAUUCGUAUUUUUCCUUUAGAGCUGGCUGCUGACAACAAGCUGAUGCGAGGUGAUGUUGAUCCACAGACAUAUACAACCAUCAAUGAGGCAAUAGAGUCAGCAAUAGCAGCUAUUCCAGACCUCACUGUUGUCAUUAAUUCUGCUCCUGAAUUAAAUGGAUUCAUUUCCCGUGCACGACAUGACCACGCAUUGCCCACUUUAUUUUUCACUAAUAAGAAACACACACCACCGAUGGCCAAAGCUUUGUUGCUUUCUGUCCCGACGCAGAAAAUCAUGCUGGCUGUUAUCUACGAUGCCAAUGAUGAACUGAAGAAGCAAUUUUCAAUCAAGCCAUCUGCUAGUACGUCGCUAGUAUGUCUUGUGCCAUCUCAAGCCGAGAUAGAAGACCAGAAAUCGACACCAUUUGGAAUCGUUGCCUACGAUAAAAAAAGGAAUGGCCCUUACAACUACCCAAAUGUUAUCCAGUUUAUACUGCAGGUUCUUGCCCAAUUUCCUCACCCUCAAGAUACUGAGCCGGAUAGCAAGACAAUCGAUUUUUCAUCUAUUGACGAAACGUCUGCCCAGACACUUGUGCCGUAUAUGACUCGGCAGAAUAUGGCUGACCUGUGCGGUGGCAACAAGAUUUGUGCAAUAGGAUUCUUUGAGGACCAUGUGGAUACGAUAAGUGAUACAGAGUCUCGCCUUGCGAAGUGGUUGGUUACCUUUGCGCAUGUGGCAGCUCAGAGUAAGCAGAACAAAGAGCCGUUUCACUUUAUGUGGGUCAAUGGAAAAUGUCAAAAAGCAUUUGCCGAAGCGUUUGGAGUCGGUCUCUUUCAAAUGCCGACGCUUGCUGUGUAUUCACCAUCAAAGCAGCGCUAUGCUACAAAUGUGGGUCUUUUUGACGAGGAAAAUGCGGCUGCGUUUUUAAAAAGCGUGCUUUCUGGUAGAAUAAGUACUGCGCCGAUUGGAAAUGUGCCAGAAUUUGUCGAAGAGUGUUCGUUUGAAGAAAUUCAAGAAGUAGCAGCUGACACCAAUGGCAUUGCCGAUGAUGAAGAUUUGGACGAUAUGCUAAGUGAAAUUCUUUCCGAGGAGAAGCAGCAGCGCGAGGAGCUGGAGAAAAUGCUCAAGUCACAGCAAAAGGAAAAGCGGGCGAAAAAGAAUAACAAAAAGAGCAAAAAGAAGCACAAGGAACAGAAGAAAAAAUCGAAGAAGAAGAAGGGUUCUCGCGAUGAGUUAUAA